AUGGCUACCGCGAUAUCCAAACCCACGUCACAUCCCCCGAAGAUGAAGCGGCCGCCCCCGCCUUUCCCCCAGGUCGGGGUCAACGGAGUCAAGGCUCAACAACCUUCAUCUUCCCCACCCACCACUUCCAAACGUCUCCCUGGAGGCAUAUCCUCCAGCUCUAGUCCCAAUCUCACCAAUGGUGUGCUCAAUGUGGCGAGCGGCGCCAAAGGCCCCCUGAACCGGACCAGGAAUAUGGCGCAAAGACCUGGAGAUCCAGCCGCACGAGUCACACGGGGAGUGACGAGGACGACCUCACUGGGAAAUGACAAUCGGGUUGGGAAAAGGUGUCCCGAACCCUAUGUCAAAACAACACAAUAUAUUCUUAAGAAAUACGCGAAUUGCCCUCCGUCUCUCAUUGUGCAUCUUCAUCCUACACAUUUCCGGUUCGAGCAGCAAGAUGGAAGUUUCCCUUACAAUUCGGAGAUGAAGGUGGUCAUCGAGCACAUUCGCGAAGGCACUGUGCCACAUGAUCUGAUUGAAGAGCUCCUCCGGUCUGGAGUGCGAUUUUACGAAGGCUGUCUUAUUGUUCGCGUAGUCGACCACAAGUCUGUAUCUGCGCAGACCAGGAAGACUUCUACGACGACCACGAACGAGAAUAAUGUCCCGUUUUCUCUGCACAACUACAACGAACACGUCACCCCAUCAGCAUAUGUUCCGUAUCCAAAACAGAACCAGCUCACCACCGACUUGCACGGUUCUAAGCCGGCUGAAUCAACACCAAGCCAAACUGAUGGCCAGGGCAAAGGCGAUGGCUCCGAGGCUCAAGCCGAAGGGACCGAGAGAAGCAACAAGAACGCCCCUUUGAAGCCACGGGUGUUCACUACUGUCCUUCACCCGACGUCCCGCGUGUUGCAGGCUGAACUAACUCUGCUUGUUACUACUCCUGACCCCAAAGCCGCGAAUGCGGCAGCUCAGAACCAAUUUUCUCGCACAAAUUCCUCAUUUGGGGUACCUCAAUCAUCAGGUGGUCAGAAUGACUGGGGACACGUCGCAAAGCGACAGAAGACUCUUGUUGAGCCGCAAGACCUCCCUGGAUGUGAAGCAUUACUCAUCCGGGCCUUGGCUCCUCCCCUUUAUUUGGACACUGUGGACAGCUUCGCGGCAUCGCAAGACUUGUUGAAGUCUAUGGAGAGCCCUCUUCACAACGCUCCACCGCCAUCGCCUAAGCGCCGCAAGAGAACCAUCGCCCAACUUGCUGCAGAUGAGGCCCUUGCAGCCGAGGAGGAGAGAUUUAUGCUUAUCAUGGAUGAGCGCCUCGAACCUGCCAAUUCCGGCGCAGGCGCAGGCUCCAAGGCUGCAGUGGUUGAUGACGCGGCGGGUGUUGCGGCAUUUGAGCCACGAUUCUCUCGCUUCAAGACUCUCGAGACAAUUCGGAUGCAGCACGAGGAGAAGGCUAAGCGUGAACACGAGAUCAAGAUGAAGCAAGAGCUGGCCAAGAGACAGCAACAGGAACAAGAAAAGGAGCGCCGCAAGGCAAUUGAGGCAAGACAGGCCGAGGAACACAUCCGCGACGAAGCUCGGAAACAGCAGCUUGCUGCACAACAGGCACAGGCACAGAUUGCUGCCCAGCAGAAUCGCCACGUCAUGGCGCAUCCCAAUGGUGUCAGUCAGGGACAACAAUCCUCCCCUGUUAUACGCCAACAAACUCCACACAACAUGUCGUCGCCGCUGGUUGGUAACAAUAUGGUACCGCAAUCCGUCCCGAUGGCGAUGAGUGGAUCCCAGCAAUCGGGAAGCCCGCCCCGACCUCCAUCGUCCCUUCAACAUGCGCACCCCAACAUGAUGGGUCAUCCAAUGGCACCCUCGAGAAGCCAGCAAGGCCCCAGCCGCAAUGGGACACCAAAGAUGACACAAGGCACACCGGCCAUGUCGCAUGCCACGCCGAUCAUGCGCAAUGUCACUCCGACUCAACGGAUGAACCAGGGCAGUCCGAACCACGCCAAUAUGGGCCAGACCCCGAUGAUGAGCCAAGCUGUUAUGGCCAACACGCCGCAGAUGAAUGGCAACAAUCUGGCAGCACUCAACCCGCACCAGCAGAUGAUGCUCGCACAGCGACAGCAGCAGCAACAGCAGCUUCUUGCUGCGCAAGGACAUAUGAGUGCCAACCCCAAUCAAUUAUCGCAGCAACAGUUCGCUCAGAUGCAGGCCAAUAUCCACGCCCAGCAGAAUAUCCAGUCCCAUCAGCAGCAGCAGCAGCAGGCGCAAAUGAUGCAAGCACAACAGUCGCAGCAGCAAACUCCUCAGAAUAUGCCAAAGAUUCCUCAGCACAACCAGCAAGCGUAUCAGGCGCAGCUCAUGCGCGCCCAGUUUGCUCAAAUGCAAAUGGUUAAGCAGCAGAAUGGCCAGAUAGCACAAGGCCAAGCAAAUCAGCAUGCUGGCAGCCCGCAAAUGUCCCCGCAGCAGCAGCAGCAGCAGCAACAACAACAACAACAACAACAACAACAACAACAACAACAACAACAACAGCAGCAGCAGCAGCAGCAGCAGGCGCAACAGCAGCAACAACAGCAGCAACAGAUGCUGAUGGCAGCUGCUCAGGCCAACGGUGGACAGAUCCCACCGAACAUGCAAGGUGCUACCAUGGCCCAGCGAUACAAUCGACUCUAUCAGCAGCGGUUAUUGCAUCUUCGCCACGAAAUGUCACAGCGGUAUAUGCAACAAUAUGGACCACCGAACCAAUAUCCGCCACAGAUUGCGCAGCAGUACGGUGCUGGAUUGGAGAAGAAUGCCAAGGCAUGGGUUCAAGAUCUUAUGCGACGUGAGCGGGAAGCUGCUCAGCAACAUCGGGCAACGCAAGCUGCUAUGCAAGCCCAGCAAAUGCAGCAGCAAAAUAUGAUGCACAAUGGCAUGGGCAACUGA